UUCCAGGAAGGCACUGCCAGGGGAGAGGAGUCCAGCCUGGGGACAGGGGUGAUCCCAAACUGAUCCUGACUCUGCAAGUCACAUCCAUCCACAGCCCUGUGUUUCCAGCCCUGCCUGGGCACAAGGAGACCCUUCCCCACCUGGCCACAGCCUGGCCUUGCCUGCAGCCACAGGGGAAGGGCAGCACAGAUUUCUGGUUGGGAUCCUGUGGGGAAGGGCAACCCCACUCCUUGCCAAGAUGGACAGGAUAAAGUCAGAAGUUUCUGUGUGACCGGAAGAGUCAAGAACUUCCUCCUGAAGCUUAGAGAGGGGAGGGACCUCUGAGUUGUCCCCAGCCCAGAGUGCCACUGUCAGAACAGCCGAGGGAGGAAAGAAGAGAGUGGAACAAAAAUGGCAGAAAAUGUCCUUUAUGCUGACCUGAACUUGCCUGAACCAACCAGACCCAGAAACCUGAGGGUCCCUGAUGUCCAAGGUAAAAGCCAUGGUUUCAGAACACGAGCUGCUGCAGUGGUUGCUGUCCUUGUUGUGAUCAUCCUUCUAGUGGUCAUUGCACUGUAUCUGACACUCACCACGGCAGGCAGCCAACAGGACUCAACAACAUUGGCCUCCACCAGCCAAAAUGUCUCAACACCAUUGUUCCCCACCAGCCAAGAGGACUCAACAAAGUUACCCCCCAGCCGUGAAGAGGCACCAGGAAAAAGUUGUUGUUCCACAACACGAGUUGCUGUCCUGGUUACUGAGAUAAUCCUGCUCCUGCUCAUUGUUGUGUGUCAGAUACUCCCAUGUAAAAGCCGUUGUUCCAGAACACAAGUUGUUGUCCUGGUUGUUGUCCUGGUUUCAAUUGUGCUGGCCUUAACACUAUCUUGGACACUCCCACAUGGUCCAACUGCAGGCAGCCAACAAGACUCAACAAGAACCAUCCCUGAAGAGGCACUAGGCUGCCCCACAUCAUGGAAGAAACAUGGGAGAAAUUGCUACUUCUUUUCUCCAGAGAAGAAACCAAAGGGCUGGGAAGCCUCUCGUGCAGAAUGCACCGCCAUGGGCUCAGACCUGGUGGUCAUUGACAGCAGAGAAGAGCUGAGUUACCUUCUCCCACAAUCAAGACAUAACUACUACUUACUUGGUCUCACAUAUUCUCAAGAGGAGCAGAAGUGGAAGUGGAUCAACAACGUGGAACACGACCCAGCCACGUUCAGUAUAAUUGCACAAUUCCAUGAUUAUCUCUGCACGGUCAUUGGAUUUGAUGAAGUACAGUCUGCACCUUGUAAUGGAUCCAAAACAAUACAAAAUAUGUGUGAAAAAGCUGCAACAAUUUCAUAAAGGCAUCAGAAGAAGAGCCAAAAACAGGAGGUCCCGGCUGAUAUGUUAUGCCCAGCUUCCUGUAGGAACCAUGGAUGGGAUGUGUCUCAUUUCUCUUUAGCUGCCCAAUCUCUGCUCCCAGGCUCUCCUGCAGCCUCUCUCCAGACUCGUGGCCAAGCUCAGCUCACCCUUCCCUGAUGGUGUCUGAGCCUGGAUGGAUCCCCUCUGGAAGAGCUGGCAC